ACAGGCAUCGCCCAAGAGCAAAACAUCUCUAAUACACCCAAAGCAAAUACGCACGCAGUGAUAGCCAUGGCUCGUGGCGGAUCUGGUUGCCGUCUUCUCGCCCUGCUCCUAGUCUUGACUGCCUUCAAUGGCAGCUUUGCAGCUCGACAUCUCUUGGACACAGCAGCUGCGCCAGAGGCCACGCCUGCUCAGCCGUCCAUUCCAGCGGUUCCAACCAAACUGCCUCCAGUGCCGACCAUACCAGCGGUUCCAACCACGCUGACGCUGCCUCCAAUGCCUUCCAUUCCGGAGGUCCCCAAGAUGACAAUCCCACCAAUCCCGUCCAUUCCUAUCCCAAAGCUAGCCCUGCCACCAACAGCUGCUGGCGCAAUCCCAUCUCUCCCAAACCCGGUGGUUCCAACCACCGUACCAGCUAUUUCUGCAGUCCCGGUUACCCUGCCACCAAUGCCCUCGAUUCCCACUACCUUGCCAUCCAUUCCAACUACGAUUCCAACAACAAUCCCUACCAUUCCCGGACUCCAGGUGCCUCCAUUCACCGCCCCAUCCCCACAAACCACCAGCCCUUGAAGUUCGAUGUAGCAGGAGACUUUUCUUUACAUGCUGUUAGUCAGGAGUUUGGCUCAUCGUAUAUGGUCGUUUUCAGUGUGUGUGCCAUGUUUGUUCUGCUAUUUUGAUGAUAGUGGCUAGCAUGUGGUGUGCUUGUGAUUGCAGCCAGUCUAUUGUACCACUUUGUUUUGCUGUUAUUGAAGUAUUACUUGGUCUUUAUACA